GUCCGUGUCCCCCCCAAGAUGGCGGCGCAGAACGCGGAAGUGCCGAGAGGCGGCGGCCGCCGGGCGGGAGCCUGAGCCCCCCCGGGACGCAGGACAUGGUGUGGGGUGAAGAGCACAGAUAAGGAACCUUCCAGCACUCUCUGGCCUGUUCCACCUGCCCUGAGGACCUGCAGGAUCCGGGCUGAUGCCCUCAGCACACCCUGCCAUGGACGGGGGGAAGAGCUACCAGCACCAGCACCAGCACUCAGGCAAUGCCCUCUACAGCAUCCCUGGGCUCUGCUCCCAGCUCCCUGGGCCAGGCAUGGAGAAUUCCGUCCUGGCCGCCGACUCCUGGAGUAGCUGCUACCCUGCCUCAUUCCCAGCCUCAUCUUUCCCAAGUGAAAACCAGCAAUAUUUUAAUUCCCCUCAUGGUUGUUACAUGAAUUCCAUCAGCAGACCACUUUUCUUGGAAACAAACUAUGCAUCUGUGGACCCCACUGACUUCUUACCAAAAAAUGGUGAUUUUCCUCAGGAUUCUUCAUACCUCGAUGAGCUCCCCAACAGCAAUUCCCUCUUCUCCUCCCCUGCGGAUUCCCUCUCGGACAUCGCGGAUCCCAAGGAUUUCCUGCCUGCUGACAGCCUGACCCAUGUGCCAACACUAUGGGAUGUAAACACCCCACAGCAGAACCAAAUAGAGCUCUUCUCACCCAGUGGAUCCUUCACUGGCUUAAACAACUUGAAUGACCACGUUCCUGCUGUCCCCAACACCCCACUCCUCAUAAGCUACCAGUCUCAGGCUACUGCAGAGGAGGAAGAUGAAGCUGAGGAGGAAGAAACAGAAGAGUUGGGGCAAACGGAGACCUAUGCAGAAUAUGUCCCUUCAAAGUCCAAGAUUGGGAAGCACCAUCCUGACCUGGUGGUUGAGACAAGCACUCUGUCCAGUGUCCCCCCUCCUGACAUCACCUACAGCCUCUCCCUGCCCCGCUCCGUGGCUGACAAAGGUUCCCUCUCUGCACUACAGCUGGAAGCCAUCAUCUAUGCCUGCCAGCAACAUGAAGUUUUAUUACCCAAUGGGCAGCGAGCUGGAUUCCUCAUUGGGGAUGGUGCUGGAGUUGGAAAGGGCAGGACAGUUGCAGGCAUCAUCUUUGAAAAUUAUCUUAAAGGGAGGAAAAAGGCCCUGUGGUUCAGUGUCUCCAAUGAUCUCAAGUAUGAUGCUGAGAGAGACCUGAAGGACAUUGAGGCCUCCCACAUCCCUGUGCAUGCUUUGAAUAAGAUUAAAUAUGGUGACACAGCUACCUCAGAAGGAGUCCUCUUUGCCACUUAUUCUGCACUGAUUGGUGAGAGCCAGGCAGGUGGGCAGCACAGGACACGAUUAAAGCAGAUUUUGGACUGGUGCAGAGAAAACUUUGAUGGAGUUAUUGUCUUUGAUGAAUGCCACAAAGCCAAAAAUGCCAAUUCUACCAAAAUGGGCAAAGCAGUGCUGGACCUGCAGAACAAGCUGCCUCAAGCAAGGGUUGUUUAUGCCAGUGCCACAGGUGCCUCUGAGCCAAAAAACAUGAUUUACAUGAGCCGCCUGGGGAUCUGGGGGGAGGGCACCCCCUUCAGAGCAUUUGAUGAGUUCCUGCAUGCAAUUGAAAAGAGGGGAGUUGGUGCAAUGGAGAUUGUGGCAAUGGACAUGAAGGUCAGUGGGAUGUACAUUGCCAGGCAGCUCAGUUUCACUGGAGUGACCUUCAGGAUCGAGGAGAUCCUGCUGGAUGAGCAGUACAAGAUUGUCUACGACAAGGCAGCCAAGUUGUGGGCAGAGGCCUUGCUGGUGUUCCAGCAGGCAGCUGACUGGAUCGGGUUGGAGUCUCGGAAGUCCUUGUGGGGUCAGUUCUGGUCAGCCCACCAGCGCUUCUUCAAAUAUCUCUGCAUUGCUGCUAAAGUCGAGCGACUCGUUGAGCUGGCCAAGGAUGAGCUAGCCAAGGACAAGUGUGUUGUCAUCGGGCUGCAGUCCACCGGGGAGGCUCGGACCAGAGAAGUCUUGGAUGAGAACGAUGGGCACCUGAAUUGUUUUGUCUCUGCUGCAGAAGGCGUCUUUCUAUCACUAAUUCAGAAGCACUUUCCUUCAACCAAAAGAAAGAGAGAAAAAGGAACUGGCAUUAAAAGAAAACGGAAGCAGAGGGGCCGCUGCCCCAAGGCUCUGAAGGGCCUGUGUGACCCCAUGGGUGUCAUCAAGAUCAGUGAUGACAGCAGCACUGACUCUGACCUGGGGCUCGACAGUGACUUCAACUCCUCCCCGGAGUCAGUGUUUGAGACGGACGAUGUCAUCUUCGUCGAGCACACCUACAAUGGCUUCAGCAGUGAGGACAGGGGUAAUUUUCACAUGCUGCCUUCUCAGAAAGAGCUGCAUGGCCUGAGAGAAGUAGAACAUGUGGAAAAGAUGAAGCAGGACCUUCUAGCAAAAGUGAAAGCACUGGGCAAAGACCUACCUCGUAAUACCUUGGAUGAACUCAUCAAUAAGCUCGGGGGCCCAGAGCAUGUGGCUGAGAUGACGGGGAGGAAAGGCCGGGUGGUGCGCAGGCCCGACGGCUCCGUCACCUUCGAGUCUCGGGCAGAGCAAGGGCUCUCCAUAGACCACAUCAACCUGAAGGAGAAGGAGCAUUUCAUGAAAGGGGAAAAGCUUGUAGCAAUAAUCUCAGAGGCCUCCAGCUCAGGGAUCUCUCUCCAAGCAGACAGACGGGUGAAAAACCAGAAGCGCCGGGUGCACAUGACACUGGAGCUGCCCUGGAGUGCAGACAGGGCCAUACAGCAGUUUGGUCGAACACACCGAUCAAACCAGGUUUCUGCUCCUGAGUAUGUGUUCCUCAUCUCUGAGCUGGCAGGGGAGAGGAGGUUUGCAUCCAUCGUAGCCAAACGCCUGGAGAGCCUGGGUGCCUUAACUCACGGAGACCGCCGGGCCACUGAAUCCCGAGACCUCAGCAAAUACAACUUUGAGAAUAAGUAUGGGGCCAAGGCUCUGGACCGAGUUCUCUCCACGAUCCUCAACCACACUGAGAACAGAGUUCCUGUGCCCAAGGGCUAUGAAACAAGGGAGGCAGCAUUUUUCCAUGAAAUGAAGCAAGGUCUCAUCUCUGUGGGGAUCUGCUGCAAUCAGAUGAAGUAUGGCACUGUCUCAGUGGAGAAGGACUGCUCCAUCACCAAGUUCCUGAACCGCAUCCUGGGGCUGGAGGUGGACAAGCAGAACAUGCUCUUCCAGUAUUUUUCUGACACCUUUGACUAUCUGAUUGAAAAGGACAAGAAGGAGGGCAAAUAUGACAUGGGCAUCCUAGAUUUAGCUCCAGGAGUGGAUGAGAUCUAUGAGGAGAGCAAGGAGGUCUUCCUGACCCCGGGACACCCACAGGAUGGGCAGGUUGUGUUUUACAAGAUCAGUGUUGACAGAGGCUUGAAGUGGGAGGAAGCCUAUGAGAAGUCCCUCAAACUGACAGGAUCCUUUGAUGGGUUCUACCUCUCCUACAAGAUGAGAGGCUGCAAACACACCUGCCUGCUGGCAGAGCAGAGCCGGGGGAAGAACUUCAUCCUCUACAAGCCAAAUAUUGGGAAGCAGAGCCAGCCUGAGAGCCUGGACAGCCUGCAGAAGAAGUACCGACGGGUGCUGCCCGAGGAGGCCAAGGAGCACUGGGAGAGCUGUUACCUCUUCUCCCUGACCAACUGCAACCACGCUGUCUGGAACAGGAGCUGCAAGCUGAUCCAGGAGGGGAAGGAAUGCUUCCAGGGCAUGCGCCUGAGGCACUACUACAUGUUGUGUGGGGCCCUGCUGCGGGUCUGGAGCAGGAUUGCCAGCAUCAUGGCAGACAUCACCAACACCAGCUACCUGCAGAUCGUCCGCCUCAAGACCAAGGAGCAGAAGAAACAAGUUGGGAUCAAGAUCCCCGAGAGCUGUGUCCGUAAGGUGCUGGAGGAGCUGAAGCAGAUGGAUGAGAACGUGAAGAGGAAGCACAGCCGCCUCCUCCAGACCCAGGAGCAGAGCCCACACUUCCCACUGCCACUGCCCCUCCUGCCACAACCCCUGGACCUCACACAGACCGGGCCUGGGGUCUCCUCCCUGCGUCAGGACGAGAUCCUGGACUUGACCUACAGCCCUCCCAGCAGCAGCAGCAUCCCUGACGUGGUGAUGAACCCCGAGCCUGGCGUGCUCUGCUUCCCCCCAGAGCCCCCCCUCCAGCCACACCAGCAGCACAGGGUGCCCUGCAGCUUCAGCCACCCCCCAGCCUUCAAGAGCUCAGCCCCUGUCCUGCAGGGGAACGUGGCCCUGAGCUCCUCGCUGCAGGACCCUCUGCCUGGGCCUCCCCCGGGACCCCUGCAGGCACUCCCACAGCAGCAGGAAGAUUUUGUCCAACAGGAUGGGAAUAUCAACUUCCGAGAGAUCCUGGAGGAGAUGAUCAGGACGUUAAAUGGGGCCCCCCAGGAGAACCUGCUCCCCCAGGAGCGCCAGAGCGUGAUCCAGUUCAGUGGCCCCUUCCCUGAGUUCUGAGAGCCACACGCUGCCCAUCCACGUCCUCUGGCACAGAGGUGAGAGCUGGGGAGCCCUGGUUUGGACUGACCCUUUUCUGUUUUUAAGGGAAGAAAAAAAAACCAAAACCAAACGAUCCCUCCAGUUCCUUAAAGCAAAGUUUAUUUAUCUAUAAGAUAGAGUCAGACAUGUACAGGUUGGUAUCUAAUGAGCCCCCCAGGCUGGAUGGGGCUCUGAGCAACCUGAGCUGUGGGAGGUGGAACUGGAUGAGCUUAAAGGUCCCUUCCAACCCUGAAAAUUUGAUGAUUUUAAGUGCUGGGGAGGCACUGAGUGCUUCCAGAUUCAGCUGAUCUGGACUGAUGCUCUCUGCUGUGCUGGAGUCGGUGUGGGACCCUGGUCCUGCCUCCCCCAGCACCCCCCAAGAGCUGGUGCCCCCCUGGGGGUGACCAAACUGUGGCUGCAGCCCCUGCUGCCACCUUCCCUGGGGGCUGCCCCUGCCCUGGACCUCAGGGCUGCUCUGGAGGUCUGGGUCAGGAGGUGGGGAUGGAGGAGAGGGAAUCCUGACCCAGAGGGGUCGGGAGCCCCUGGAGUGUCCCCCUGUGCAGGGCUGAGCAGGCAUUGCUGAGCAGUGAAGCUGAUGGUGCCUGCUCUGCCCUCCAGGAGGGGACACCCCCACUUCUGGGGCUGCCAGAGCUCCAUGGGAGGGGACAGGAGCUGCACCCACACCUUGGGUGUCAGUGUCACAGCAGAGCUGAUGAGUUUGUCAGAGCUCAGCCAGGCCAGGACGAGGGAGGGGAGGGGGAUUCCCUGGAGCAGAAGGGCUCCACAUCCCUCAGCCCCACCAGGUUGCUGUGCCUGGCCCUGCUUUCUUCCUGCUGUCACCUUGCUGUCCUCUCCCCCGGCCACCUCACCAGUUCUGCCCCGUGGGGCUUUGUCCUUGGCUGGGCCAUGGACUCGUGUGUUCAGAUCCUGAUCCCUGCCCACCCUGCUCAGAGCUGACCCGGGACACAGGGGGAGCUCCCUGGGACACACAGGGAUCACUGCUCCUGCUGCAAACUCCUCCAGUACCAAAGAGCAAAGGUGGCUUUGCACAGCACUGCCCCAGAGCACCCCCUGCCCCCCUCCAGCUGCUGCUCCCAGGACACCUCUGCCACCCCCCUGUCCCAGCACCAUCUCCCCUCGGCAGGUCCCGGGGAAACUCUCCCUUCUUUUCUCUCCUUGAUCCAAGGAAUCUGGCAGAAGCUGCCUGCUGGCAGGAAGGCUCCAGCCCCAGCAGCUCCUCCACAAGCCCCCCCUCUGCUCUCCCUUUGCUCAGCCUCCAGGCACCGAGGUGUUCAGGAGGGUGUCAGACCCCCCCUGGCUGCCCCAUCCCAUCCCUGGGGAGGAGCUGGGCAAGGGGGUGCAGCUGGAAGAGGCUCUGCUGAGGUCUCCCUGCCCUGACAGGUCAGCACGGGGGGGCUGGAGCUCUGCAGUGCCUGGUGGAGACCCCUCCUCCAGGGAGAGAGCCCCAACCCCUCCUUGUCCCCCCUCCCCAGGGCUUGGGGAAUGGCUCAGCACCCCCCAGGGAAGGGCUUUGGGUUGGUGCCUGCAGCAUUCCUGCUCCUCCCAAGAUGGGAUCUGCCCUCCCCAUGAACACUCUGCACCAGUGGGAUCAGUUUUGGGGUUGCUUUGCUCCCUGCCCUUUGUUUGGGGGGGGUCUCCUCCUUCCCCCCCAGGCUCACCCUCCAUCCAGGGCCACGUUCACAAAAAUCUCCUUACCUCAAAGUCAACACCAAAGAUGGGGGGAGCCCCAUGUGCCCCCACCCUGGGGGAUCUCCAGGUUCUGGGGGUCCCACAGCAGCCUUUCCCUUGUCCUGCACGGAGCCAGGCCUCCCCCCUAUUCCCCCCCCCCUUUAUUUAAGGUGUCCCCCAGCCCCUCCGCUCCCUCCUGGUCCGGUCGCUGGGCGCCUGCUGAAUUCUCAGCAAGGAGAGGAAAGGGCUCUGGGAAAACCCAUUUCAGAGAGGCUGAAACUCAGGAACAGCAGGAGGGAGGAAUCCUCCACCGGGAGCCUCCCCCCUGGCUUUAAAGCUGAGAUUUUAAAAUAUGCAAUUCUCCCUCCCCCAUCUCUGGCCAGACAGAGAGCACCUUCGAGGAAGCCCUUCCCUGCCCCCUUCCUGUGUUUUUGUCAGGGUUAAUAACAAUACCUUUUAACUAAAUUAUUAUGCAGUUGUCCUACUGAUUGUAUGUAUUUUUUAAAUGAGUCCCUUUUUUUCUUCCCUUUACACCUUUUUGUUAGCACUUUUUAAUCUGCUUGUUGUUUGCCUUUGUUUUUCUAUGUGUAUUUAUAAUUAAUUGAGAUGUACAUAUGUAAAGAAAUUUUUUUUUUUUUAGAAUAUGUGCCUUUG